AACCUCAGCACAGAUUGAGCAGACCCUUCAAGUCAGCGGGUCAUGUACAGAGAUCGAGUAAUGCAGAAGCUAACAUACCGAGGUGUUAUCUACGGUGCCUUCCUGGUGUUGGCACUCUUUACCACAACCGGGCAUGCGAAUGGGAACUUUCGUUUACCUAACGGCACCAUACCGUUGCACUACACCCUACGACUGGACACUGCGAUCGAUCAAAGUAUAUUCAACUACACAGGCAAGGUACAGAUCAAAGUUAUGGUGUUGGGAAUGACAACACAGUUAGUGCUACACAGUACACGCAAUAAAAUAGAAAAGAUCCAGCUCCGUAAUGAUGCCGGGAUCGCUAAAAUAAAGAAUUUUAAGCUGGACAUUGAAAAGGAAUUUCUGGUGAUCGAAACAGCAACGAACCUGCAUCCUAGGAAUGGGAUGUACACGGUCGAGAUAGAUUUCAGCAACAGUGUCGAUCGUGCGGAUUUAGUCGGAUUUUACAAAUCGCCCUACCGAACCGAGAACGGUUCUGUGCGCUACAUUGGGGCAACACAAUUUGCACCAAUCAGUGCAAGAUCUGCCUUUCCGUGCUUUGAUGAAGUGGGCUACAAGACCACGUUCGAGCUUCACAUCAGCUGUGGAUCGGGAUAUCACGUACGCUCCAACACACCUGCCCGAACCGUUCAGCUACUACCAAAUGGGAAGAAGUUGUACAGCUUCUCCAAAACACCACGAAUGCCGACGUACCUUCUAGCAUGGGUCAUCUCGGACUUUAUUCACGAGUAUAAAGAGUUGAAACGAUCUGGCACAACCAUCGCCACCUGGGCAAAACCUUCCUCGGCCCAUCUGCUGUCCUAUUCGGUAGAUGCUUCGGUGCGAUACAUUCGUGCGAUGGAGCAAUACUUUGCCGAACCUUAUAGCUUACCAAAGAUCGACAAUAUUGCAAUUCCGGGACGGGAUUUAUGGCCCUCGGGAAUGGAAAACUGGGGACUAGUAACGUACGGGGAAGAUAAGAUAUUCAUAAACCCUCGGACAGACGGUAUGAACAAGAAGCGGGCCGUGGUAAGGCUUAUUGCACACGAGUAUGCACAUCAUAUCUUUGGCAACCUGCUCACACCCCAAUGGUGGACGUAUCUGUGGCUAAAGGAAGGUUUUGCAACCUUCUACUCAUACUACCUGGGAUCGAUCAGUCAUCCGGAGCAUAAUCUGCGCAAGCAAUUCAUUAUUGAAUCAUUACAGCCUACAUUUAACCAAGACGCUUCUGCUACAGUACAUCAGAUGACAUACUACGCGGAAAGGCGUAAGGACAUUAAAAGUCUUUAUUCCCCUGUUGUCUAUGAUAAGGCUGCUUGUGUCAUUCGCAUGAUGAACUAUGCACUGGGAGAGCGUAUCUUUCAGCGGGGAAUACGUCACUACAUCCAGCACAAUAAAAACCGCGGCAUCGUAACGGAAGACGAUCUGUUUAACAGUCUCGAGCUGGUUGCGAAGAAGGAAGACGCACUACCGAAACAUCUUACCGUACAUGAAGUGUUUCGUACCUGGAGUCAUCAAGCCGGUUAUCCGGUGGUAAGCGUGCGACGUCAAGGGAACGAAUAUUUCUUUACCCAGCAGCGCUAUGUGUCCGAUGCCAAUCAUAAGCCAUUCAACAGCUCCUGGUGGAUACCGAUAUCGUUCGCAACGGCCAACAACACUUUGUACGAAAAGUUGCCUGCCUUCUGGAUGGCUCCGCACGCGUCAGAGGUGUCGUACACGAUUCCAACAUCCGCACAUGAUGUGGUGGUGUUUAAUCCUCAUGCCACAGGACUGUACCGUGUGGAAUAUGAUGAUACCAUGCUGCGAGGAAUUAUCAAUCAACUUUCUAGCAAUCAUGCUGCUAUCGAACCCACUGCACGUGCCCGUUUGAUCGAUGACACUUUACAUCUUGCGUACAACCGUGGGAAUAAUUUCAGUACAGUGUUGACACAUUUAGACUACUUGCGCCACGAAACGGACAUCCUGCCUUGGGCGAUUGCAAACGAAAAUAUCCGUUACCUUCAAUCGAUGUUACGUACCAAUGAGAAGGCAUCACAAUUGCUACAAUCGUUCGUUGAGACGAUCGUAACGCCGUUACUAUCCAGAUAUAACGUGCACGAUCAUUCGAAUGCGUCCGAUUCGAUCGACGAACUACACUCGAUUGUUACAGAAUUAGCUUGCGAUACAAAUGAAUCCUGCAAAAAAGCUUCGCAAUCUAUUCUCCAACCUACAGCACAGCUUAAUCUGCUUCAUCUCAGCGAUUCUGACCGCCCGAAGGAGUUUCAUCGUUUAAUCGUACAUUCCAAGGUAUCGCCAAGGAUUCUUCUACAAUCAAUUGAAACUGAGCUUUCAAAUCGUCAAUGCACAUCUGAUGAACUCUUUGCUAAAAUUCUUAUCGAUAUGAGCCGUUAUGCAAUGGAACCGUCAGAGGAAAAAUUACUAACCUCUCUUGCUAUGACACACGCUCCGUCGACUGUAUCAGCCAUCGAACAGCAUCUAACGGCCAAUCGUAGAUGGAUCGAUCGAAACGUUCAACCACUCACGGAUGCUCUUACACGGUUCUUGAUGAAAAAAAUAUAAUUUCAUGCCAUUCACACAGUUGUACUUGUGAGAAGUGAAAAUUAAAACAGUAAAUAAAAUAAUCAGUUUCAAUUUGGUUUUAAUCGAAGUAAAA